AUGGAAUUUGAACAUUCAUCACUUCCAUAUGCUCAUCAACAAAUUCGUUUAGGCGAUAUUCAAGCAUCUGCACAUAAAUGGUUAAUAGCAAUUGAUUAUUAUACACAUGCAAUAAAAUGUUUUCAAGAAAUUCAAAAUACAUUACAAAAUGAUAAUCUAAUAUCGGUAUUAAAACCUCAGAUAAUUCAAUGUGAAAAAGCAAUUCAUCUAUGUCGGUUAAAAGAUCGAUCGGAACAAGUAAUAAAAGCUGAGCGUUUAUCUAAAUUAACUCGUGCACAUUCAACAUCAAAUAUAAAAUCUUCGACAAAAACAAAUCGAAUAUUGACAAGACAUAAUACAAUACAAAUAGAAAAUAAUUCUACGUCAACGGGUAUGGAUUCAUUUGCUGCAUUUAUAUUUUCAAAGAAUACUCAAAUGAAUCCAACAACACCUAUAAUUGCAAAAAAGAAUGAAAAACAUGAUGCACAUAAAAUUGAAGAAUUACAAAUGAGUUAUGAAGCAUUAAAAACUCAUCUUAAAGCAGCAUUUGAUGAUAUUGAACGACUUAAAUAUGAAAAUAAUCAAUUACGUAUACAACAAGAAUCAAAUAUAAUUCAAGAACAAAAUGAAUCUAGUCUAUUAUCAAAUAGUGAUGAUGAUGAAGAAGAUCAGGAGACUGAACUUGAAGCAACAUUGUAA